AUGAUAGCAUUUGAAGACCUGGCUGUGUACUUUACCUGGGAGAAAUGGCAGAACAUAAACCAAGCUCAGAAAAUCCUGUACAGGGAUGUGAUGCUGGAGACCUACAGCAGCCUGUUCUCCCUGGGGCACUGCAUGACCAAACCUGACUUGAUCUUCAAGUUGGAGCAAGGAGCAGAGCCCUGGAUGGGGGAAGAAUGCCUACAUCAGAGCCUUCCAGUUGCCAUGAAACUGGAUGAACUAAUUAAGACCAACCAGAAAAGUCUGGAGAAAAAUCUGAAUCAGGAUGUUAUGAAAAACAAUAAGACAUUAACUUCCAAGGGAGUUGAAUUCAGAAAAUCCUUAAUUUAAGUAUAAG